AUGUCGUCGCACGCCUGGCUGGACUCGUUGACCGAGGACUGGGUGUCGGAGCGUGGAUCCUCGCCCGCGCCUCUCUCCCUCGUCAGAUCGUCCAAGAAGGGCACACCGUCACCGUCGCCAAAGCUCACCCCGAGUCGCAUACCGCGUUGGAGGCAUCCUGGGGUGGUUCCGCGGGCGUCGCAGAAGAAGAGCAUGACCAUUCUCGAGGGCGACCGUAGCUCCGACGAAAACAACAAAUCCCCCAAGAAGCGCCUCCUGAAGUUUGUAAAGGAUCGCAAGCCGGCGCACAAGGGCUAUCUUGAGCGCUCAGUCUCCUCGACAACAACCGGCUCCGUCGUCGUGCAUAAGAAUGCCCGACAGCGAGCGCCUGCCACGCCGGGGAAAUCCGACACACCGGAAUGGAAGCGACGAUUGGUCCAGGGCAAACUUGAUUAUGGAGAGCAGCGCGACUUGUUCAGCUCGGCAGCUGUUGGCUUGCAGGACAUGUUCAAACCGCCGCCAUCAAGCGAAGCCGGCCUCGACUCGCCAUCCCCCAAUUUCGACUCUCCCUCUCCCAACUUCGAUUUUCCGUCUCCAUUGCCCGACUUUCCAUCCCCAUUGCCUAGUUCUCCAUCUCCCGAUCGCGAAUCUCCACACCUCGAAUCUCCCACCACUGCAGAUUUAUACGAAACAGAUAUGCCCUCAAGUCCGCCAGCACCGAGGCACCCGACGAUAAUCUUGGAGUCCACAGAGGAGCUCAAUGCUGAUGAGGAGGGAGGCAUGUUUUCGCCGAACGAGAUCACACCGAGUCCAAGCCCUAGAAGGCCUCAGCGAGAAAUAAAAUACAAGCUCAACGUCGAGGACGACCCCUCGGAUCUAUCCACUAUGAGCAACGAUGGUCCUAUGAACCCCUCUGAGCCCCCCACGGAAGAUGAAGAAGAUCAGCAAGAUGAUCAAGAGGCCGAGCAAAAGGCCGAGGAAGAAAAAUCGAACCAAGAGGAGUCAGAACAAGAGGAUUCAGAGCAAGAAGACUCAGAACACGAAGAACCAGAACAUGAUGGAGAUGGGCAAGGGAAAUCCGAACAAGACGAAGGAUCAUCCCAAGACGAUAGUUAUCUCGCCAUUCCCUCCUUGAUUGAUGGCGGAUCUAGAAAAGCGAGCGGCCAGAGCUACACGAAAAACGAAGACUUCAGCCCCAUCUUAAUCGGCAAGCGCAGUGACGAAGACGGAAAAGUCGAAUUUGCUCCCCUCGAAAUGCCCACGGAAGAAUUGCGAGAAAAGCUCGAGAGGCUUCAGCUCAAUCAAAUGAUCCUGGAUCCGUCACACAAUGCUUCCGACAGUGCAGUGGACGUGAAGCCUACCCAAAACAAAGCAGAAGAUGACGAAUCCUCGCUUAAAUACCAUUUCGAUACCUCCCAUGGGAGCGAUGAGUCGGCUGAGGAGGGGUCUCUGCGACAUCAUUCCCUGAGUCCUGAUUUGGGCGAGGAUUGGUCAGAAAUGCUGCCCGAAGACUCGAUGCAAGCAAGCACGCCCAAGCAAUUCCCCACCUUGCGGACCCAAGAUGCUGAUUCCAACCUGUUUGGCUCCUUUUUCGGCACUCCGAACCUGCCUCAAGCUCCAUUCCCAAGCCCUGAUAAAAAGCAGAUCCGCGAUCCUGGCAACCGAUCCAACUCGAGUCCUUUGAAACUCUUUGGGCCGUAUGACACAUUUACCAACCAGACCUUGCUUCGGCGCAUUAGUCAAUUCGAAGAAGACAUGUCUGGUAGAAACUCACGAGAAUCCUCGCCUUCCACACCUUCCAGCCGGGAACCCAGCCAGGAUGCCAGCAGGAAACGGUAUGUUAGUCAUUUUGGGGCUGGUGAAUUGGAGGGGUUUGAAUUCACAAGUGAAUUGUCUCACCUGGCCGGCCAACAUUCCAGCCUCCUUUCCAAGGAUGACAAGGAUGACAAUGAGGAAAAGUCGCCGUCAGAUCCUCCCUUGGCUGUCAAGGGAGCCUUAAAGCUUGUUCCUCCACAAUCCUGGUUCCCUGAAGAUGCUUCAUUGUACGUUCGUAGGAGCCGUGGCAAGAGCAAAUCUCAGACUCCUUCAGUCAACACUGGUGCUGGAAACGAUUACAUGUCUAGUUCGCCUGAAAGUUCCCUCACCCCCCAGGAUGAGGCUUACGAUCUGUCCUGGGUCGCAAAGCGAGAUUAUGGAUCCGAAACCAAGCGACCCAGAGCGUCUCCUUCCAAGCACCCGACGCCAAAACGCCGCCGAACGCUCCACCGAUCCGAUGUUGCGUUUGGCAGCGAAAAGCGACUCCGCGCCCUGGGCAAACAACGAAAGCGGUCCCUGUCCGAGUACUCGGAUUCUGCCGACGACCAAGAUGAGGAAUAUGUGUCCAGACGCGGGUCCCAUUCUUCAGGUCACACUUCGAGGUCGCCGACAGAGGCCGUUUUCCAGAACAAGGCACGUCGAUCAGCAGCGAGGUCAAUGUCAAUCCAAGACGAAGCUGAGCCGGACACAACUGGCAAAGCUGCCGAACGCAAGCCUUCUAUAAGAACGCAAGAUUUUGUAGACCAGGCCGCUCAAAUCAUGGCCAUGAUUCGCAGUCAGGUUAGUCAACCAGGGCUGUCAAGCCUUGAAGAGUCUGAGCUGGAGAUCAAGGUACCAUCGCAUAACGCUACACUGGAGGAGUCCGAUAACUCUACGGCAGAACCAUUCUCCCGACCACCCAGUCGAGAUGGAAAGCCAAUCCCCAGACAGGCGCGACAGCAAGAGGACCCCGAGGUCGUAAAACGACUCAAGAAGUACCAGGAGCUGAGCGACAUGGGCGACGUAAUUUCUUCAUCAGUAAGAUCCAUGGGCCUUGCAAAAGACGCAAUUCGUGCGGCCAAGGAGGUUGAACGUAUGGUUGAUCGAGCCAGCCGUACUCGGACCAAUGGCCAUGGCGGUGGCGGAUCGAAUUCUGAGUCGGCAAGCGAAACGACAAGUCCAGUUCAUGACUUGUUUUCUAGCACAUCUGGUCGCUCUACCAGCCAUUUGUUCCCCACCUCUUCGUCCAGAGGCUCCGAAUCACGCAAAGUCAUUGCUCCCGAGAGUGUUUCGCACCUGAUUCCAGACAAGAUUGGCGGCAUGUAUUUGGACAAGCAGAACAACAUUUGGAUAAGAAACAAAGAGUCAAAGGAUUCUGUAACGUCCCAUGCCUCAGGAUCUGACGAGAGCGAGGAAGAUCCAUUUGCGAACAUUCCUGAUUUGUCCGUUGAUAUGACAGAGGAGAUGCAGCAUCUGAAGCAAACUCCUCGAGGCCAGGGUGUGGCAAGCAACAAGGACAGCACCUCUCGCCCGAACUCUGCCCAAACACAUUCACUUAAGAGCUAUACUACUCUGGCGGCUUACGAGCCCCUCGAUCCUGAGGUAGCCGAGAGGGCUAGAGGGGAGAUUGAGAAGCUCGAUGCUCAACCUGGAGAUGGUUCUAAAGCUGCAGAGGAGGCCGGCAAGGGUUUGCACGUUCUCAAGGCCAAGACAAGUAGCGAUGGAUUGUCUUCGAAGCGUCGUAAUAUUACGAUUUCCUUUACGUCCCCCAUUGCUUCGAUUAUUCUUGGCGUGCUGCCUGAGGAUAUAGAGGGUCUGGAGGACGAUCCAGUGCCGGGCGAGUCAUCCGAAUCGCCUCCUCUUCUCCAAGCUCAAUUUAGCGGCGCUAAAGGAGUUCAAGGCUCUCUACGAGCAAUCCGUGCUUCGUCGUUGUCUGGAUCCAAGUUUACACCCAGGCCAAUCUCACGGAUAGAGGAGCGGGAUGAAGAGAGUACCGUAGAGUUGUCGAAGGGCCAAAGUCAGAGUCAGAGUCCACACCAAAGCCAAGAUCAAAGUCAAAGUCAAACCCAAACUCCAGCACACCCCCAGCGCCAGCGCCAAGUCAGCUAUCUUGGCGACAACUCAAUGUUGAGCCUCAAGUCGCUGGAAGGGGGCUCAGGCUUUGGUUUCCUCACGGCUACUCCCAGCCCAGCGGCCCAUGGUGUCUCGCUGAGGGCUGACGACAGUCUACUGAUUGGCCGAAAUGUGGGAAAGCUCUCACUGAGCCCGCUCUCAGAAUUUACAGUGAACCAUGAAGACAAGUCAUUUGGGCUUGAGGUCAGCUACGUUAUGGGACCCAAGCGAUUGGCAACAGGCGAUGGCUCGAAGAAGGUGCUGUCCAUGACGAUACGAGACCUUGUGGAAAAGCUCUCCGAAGCCGAGCCGAACGAGCCGUUCUGGGAUGACAUGACCUCUCUCACUCUCCAAGACAAGCAGCUGACUAGCUUGCACAUGCUGAAUGAGUUUUGCUCCAAAAUCACGACAUUGGAUGUGUCGAAGAACUCGCUGGCGCAUCUUGAGGGUGUGCCUGAAUGUGUGCGACAGCUUAAGGUAUCCGACAACAUGCUGACGGAGCUCACCUCGUGGGACCAUCUCAUUCACCUGCAAUAUCUGGACAUUUCCAACAACGAAGUUAAGAGCUUAUCGGCGUUGAAGAGGCUCAUCCACUUGCGCAGCUUGCGUGCAGACAAUAACUUGCUAACAACUCUUGACGGACUGGACUCUCACGAUGGACUACUUACCUUGAGGGCACGCAACAAUCUAAUUGAAGAGCUUGAUUUUACCGGCAUCAGUUGGGAGCGCUUGACAGAACUGGACGUGGCCUCGAAUAGUAUUUCAUCGGUCCAGGGACUUGAGCUGCUGCCUGCGCUUUCCCAGCUGGACAUUUCGGACAACCAGCUUGAGUCGCUCGUGUUUGACAAGGCCAACAGGACGUUGCGGAAGCUUGACAUUAGCGACAACCACCUUGAAUCAUUGGAUAUUCGACACCUCAGCAGCUUGCAGACACUUCACGCCGACCGAAACUGUCUUAGCCACCUCUCCGGCUUCCGCUACGUUCGUCGGUUGGACAGCCUCUCCCUGCGCGAGCAGCAAGGUGAGGUCCCGCUCGAGUUAGAUUUCCUGACAACUGCCUGCGAGAUAAGGAAGCUGUUUUUGUCUGGAAACUACCUGGGAACAUUCGAGCUGAAGGCAGACUUUCUCAACCUGCAGCUGCUUGAGCUUGCAAGCUGCGGGUUGGAGGAAUUGCCUGAUGAGUGUGGCCAAAUGAUGCCCAACUUGCGUAUAUUGAAUCUCAAUUUCAAUGCCCUAAAGGACCUAUCGGCCUUGCGAUUCAUUCCGCGACUGAAGAAGCUGCUUGUGGCUGGGAAUCGGCUUUCAGACACAAUGGCAGUGACGGAGCUCUUGACCGACUUUCCUCAUCUCACAGAAUUAGAUCUGAGGGAUAACCCCAUUACCCAGGGUUUCUAUCCUCCAGUCCAAAUGCUCAUCAGCCCCGAUAACAUGGGCAGCGCUGACUCCUUUAUGAUGCCGGAUGCGGACAUGGAGAGAGAUAAGACUUUUGCAAGGCGCCUGGAUGAGACUACAAAGCUACGUCGCCGUCUUCACGAAGUGGUUUAUGUUGCUAGCUGCAAGCGCCUCCGCAGGUUGGAUGGCCGCGCCAUAAUUAGGGAGAAGACGCUGGCCAAAGACGUUUUGCUACAAAGACUCAUCGAUGAUGGGCUUGUACCAGAUCUAGAGGACACAUUGAUUGCUGAAUCGGAAUCCGCACAGCAGCAAAAAGAAACGGCACCAACGCCUUCACUCAGCACAAAUAGGGGGUUCGCUGGAGAAGUUGGCGGACGAGCGAGCCGCAGCCGGUGA